GUCUUAUAUCGGACUGGUGGGGUAGUCUAUUUUUGUUGUUGUCAUCCCAAGGUUGUUCAAUUUAUCCUUCUAUCUCGCUUGUGGCGUGACUUAAUCUCGAGUCUUCCUUCAUCGCCGAGUCUCUUUUUCAUAAUCCUCACGUGCAUGCGAUAGCCUCAUAGAUACCUCCGAACAAAACAAAAAAAGAAAAAUGGCAGCAAAACCGGGCUCGGCCAAGCCCUCAGGCAAAGACUCGAAUAAGAGCAAGCCUCUUUCCUCCGCAUCGAAAGUGAGCAAGAAAGCCGCCAAGCGCCCGCCGCCAAAGGAAGUUAAGUCGAAGGCGCGCACCGAAGCAAGCCAGUUGAAGAAGAAGAAGAAGAGAGAGUAUACGGAGGAGGAAUUGGACCUGCCGAAGUUGAAUGCAAUCACGCCUGUUGGGGUGGUGAAACCAAAAGGGAAGAAGAAGGGAAAGGUCUUUGUUGAUGACCAGGAGGGAAUGGCUACCAUUCUUGCUAUGGUUAAUGCCGAGAAAGAAGGGCAGAUUGAGUCCAAAUUGCAGAAGGCCCGUCAGUUAGAGGAGAUCCGAGAAGCGAAGAGAAAGGAAGCCGAGGCUAGACAAGCACAGAAGAAAAAUAAAUUGGAUGAGACCAAGGCCGCGAUCCGUCAAAAGCGCAAGCGCAAGGGUGAUAGCAAUGAAGACACGAAACCCGAUACUACAGCAGCUCAAACUAACGGGUCGUCUUCGAAGUCGAAAGGAAAGAGAAAAAGCGUUUCAUUUGCUUGAGAAUUUUUGUACAAAAG